AGGUAAAAAAAUCAUGUUCAAACCUGUACAUUCCAAAACAGGGCGACCUUAGGCAAACCUGUAAAACAUCUACAUACGGAGUAAGGCUCAAGUUCCGAUUACUCCUUACCUAAUGAUAUGGCUUGUUCGGCAGUCACCUGUCUGUUGCUUUUUGCUGCGACGUAUGCCGCACGGAACUUCCAUCUAGCCGAUGGCGCGCAGCGGAAGAUCCACAUUACAGAUGAUCUCGAUGACGUCGUGGAUGAUGAGGAAGACGAUGCCUGGAGAGAAUGGGGCAAGAAAACAUCGAGUCCACCCGAAUUCGACCCGCCGCCCAUGGAUUUCAGUGAUAUGGAUCCGUCCCAAAUGCAAGCCGAAAUGAUGAAACGCCAGUUCGGGCCGGUUUUCGGAUUUGCCAAGCUCCGUCUCGGCACCCGUCGCACUUCGGAAAUGGUUUCUGAAAUUGCAAUGAAAUGGACCAAACUAGCAAGAACAGGCGCAAUUGAGGCAAAGUUUAUGGGUUUUGAUGUGAGCACAAUCAUGUUCACUAUGGAAAAAGGUCAAGACACUCUAGAGCAUUUAAAAGCCCAGUGUCUCAUCCUUUGUAGUUGAAGGAUUUCUUGUUGAGCCAACCUGAAGCAUAUGAGAUUAAAAUGGGAGACCAACUUUUUCGUAGACCUGGGGAUCCUCCGUUUGAGGAAGUAUUUGAAAAGUUGCAGACUGAGAAAAACAAAAAAGAGUCUACAAACGUGAAAGCAGAAGAGAUGCAUGAAGAGCUGUAAUCGUAAGAAGUUACCCCUUAUUUCCAUAUCCACUCUUAUCUGGUACAAAAACAAAAUCUACAGAUAAUUAACCCUUCCAACCAACAACACAUUCAGAUCAGAAUUAAAUCGCAAUGUUUGUUAAAUUACAAUGAACUUGAUACAUGAGUUAUGAUAGCGAUGUAAACGCCACAGGCUAAUUUAUAUCAAAUUGCAACAGUUUAUAUGUUUCUGCAAUUGGUGAGCUUAUCCCCUUGGGCACUUGUAUUCAGUUCAUAUAAUCUGGAGCUA